CUUUAUUCUUUCUCUCCUCUCAUUCCCUAAAGCGGCAAAGGAAAAGCCAGAAGAACAGAGGGAGAGAGAGAAAAAACAUGAUUAGGAAGAUUAAUCACAGGGGGUUGAAGACUUCAAUAUCUAAGAACUAGGAAGCUGAACAACACAGAGGCAAACAAGAGGGGGAAUUGGAGGGAAAUGGGGAGGUGGAGGGAAAUGGGGAGGUGGAGAACAGAAGAAUAGAUAAGAGGACUACAGUGGGAGGAGAAACAGAGUGAUAAGAGAAGUGGGGGAACAGCCAGAAGCAGUGCUGAAAGGAAUGGGUAGCAUUAGAGAAGGAAGAUGAGAGGUAACUGGCACAAAUAGAAGAGGGUACCGUGCCCCGAUACUAAUGCCCAAGAGCUACAGCUGUGGGAACCAAGGAAGACAGAAAAUUUCCUGGGAUCAAAACGUUUCCAAGGAGAGUGGUCCAACUUUUUCUCCUCAAUCUGCCUAGAGAUUUGGCUACCACACAGAAGCCAGAUUAACAUCAAAUUCACCAGGGACCAUGUCAGAAGGGGAUCGACCAAAAAGUGGUCUGAGUUUAGCCAGCAGUACAGCCACCAUCUCUUCAGUCUCCAUGGGAACAAAGCCACACGUAGCCCGGCCAAUCCGGAAAGUGCAUACGUUUGGGAAGAGAGCAAACUCCAUCAAGAGAGAUCCUAACUCUCCUGUUAUAAUGCGUGGCUGGCUUUAUAAGCAGGAUAGCUCUGGGCUCAAACUAUGGAAACGGCGCUGGUUUGUCCUUUCCAAUUACUGCCUCUUCUACUACCGAGAUAGCCGUGAAGAGAUGGUUUUGGGCAGUAUCCUCCUCCCCAGCUAUGAGAUUCGGACAGCUUUCUCCAAGGAGAAGAAGAACCGUCGCUUUGUAUUCAAGGCUGAACACCCUGGCAUGCGGACUUACUAUUUCAGUGCAGACACCCAGUUGGAUAUGAAUAGCUGGAUCAGGGCCAUGAACCAGUCAGCUGCUGCUGAGUGCAACUGUGGAAACCUCAACCAAGGGGGUCUCCACAGCCAGUCAGUGUCUGCCCACACCAGCUUUGAGGACAUCCGGCUUCCCCAGGGUGAUUGUGCCAAAAGCACUGAGUCACUAGAAGUUGCCCAUCUCUCAGAGAUCCAGGAGGCCCGGGCCUCCUCGUCCGAGAGCCUCCACCUGCCUGACAUCCAGACAGGAUCUCCUUGCCUUAAGAGGGCUUCUUUAUCCAGUUCGCUCAAUGGGAGCUACUGCCGUGAAAAGAAAGAACAGCCAGAAUUGAGCUCCCUGUCGUCCCAGACCCAUGGAUGUCCCUCUCCUAUUAGUUGCACUAAGUUCUCUGCCCGGCCACGGACCCCACUACCGUCUUCGUCUGAGAGUCCACCUCCUUCUUCUCCAUCUCAGAUAUCUCAGCCUUCCCCUGUGUUUUCACUGCGUUCCUCCCGCGCUUAUUCCCUCCCAGUAGCCCCAGCUGGGUCCCCAAAGUUGCCACAGGCUCACCUGCCGAACAUGCAUGAUGCCCAUCGGAGCCCUCAUGAUGCCCAUCGGAGCCCUCCGCGAUCUGUAGUUGCACAGGCUGCCUCCUGUGAUGAUCUCUCUAUCAUGAGCUCUCCAAGGACUCUGCAUGCCAACAUUCCCAUGGGGAGGGUGGACAUUGCCCCCAACAAAGGCCUUCCCAAUAACCCUUAUGCUGUUGCAUCAUCGGCCCACAAAGGCCACUCUCUGACCCCUGCAGACCGGUAUGAUGUGUUCCCUACUUCUGAAGAUUCCUAUACCAGGCGAUACAUUCAAAGUCCUCACCUCCAUAGAGUCCGGCCGGUGGGUGAAGAUGGCUUAGUCCCCUCAGUAGGGAGACCGCAACAAAACAGAUUUACAGACCGAGGUUACUUCUCUCCAUCAGUUGGCCCAUCCCGUGCUUUGGUCAUGUCCCGGCUUCAUGGCCGACUGAUAACCCCCCACUCUGCCUCAUCAAGCUACCUGCACCUACCACCCCUUCCUCCCCUGUCCACCCGGCCCACCCCAGGGAAAAGGACAUCUAUAGGGAUCACGGGUCGAAACGCACUGCGGGAAAGAAGCAGCCAUUCUCCUGGCAGGCAGCAGUUUGAAAGUGACACUGAUGCUCUCUUGACAAAAUUGUGUGGCCAAGACAAGAUCCUUCGAGGUCUGGAAGAAGAGACAGGGCAGCUCCGUAUUGAAAAGGAACGUCUUGAAAAGGCCUUGGAAGUAACACACUUGAGGCUGGAGGAGUUUAAAGGCCAAGAUGCCACCAUGGAGAAGAUCUGCUACCAACAAAGACAACUACAAGAUGAACUGGUACAUAUCCGUGCCCGUCUCUGCGAUCUUGCGUUGGACAGCGAACGGGUGUGGGAGGAUUAUACGGCCUUGGAAAAUGAUGUGCAGAUGCUAAAGGGCUCCUUGGAGCAUAUCCGGACUUCUGGGCAUCCCCAGGAUCAAGCAGCAGCUCAACAGGAUUUGUGGCGAAUCCAUGACAUCUUGGCAGGAUUGAGAUGCAGCCCGGCAAAUUAUCGCACCCUGGAAAACCGAAGAUCAGGUGCGUCUCCAAGCUCGCCUCCACCUCUGGAUUCUCAUUUGGGGGCAAAUCAUCACUCUCUGCUACCCUGCACUGAAACAGAGGAAUCUACCCCCAGCUAUGGGCCGGAGACAGGAAAACCAGCCAGAAUGGGGAGCAAACCGCAGGAUGGCCCUGGUUCAGCAAACUGGAAGCAAAGUCCACCUACUUCCAGCAGAGGGCAGUUGGGAGCAUCUCAGCAUGUGGAUGGACUCAAGGGGUCCCCAAACCAUCCCUCCAUUGAGCCCCCAGAGAGUGAGAAAGGGAAGGUUGGCAGAGGAGCAGAUUCUGUUAGACCAGGUUCUACCCUGCCUUUCCUCCAGGAGCUCAAAAGUCUCAUCCGUAGCAUUCCCUUUUCUUUUUCCAAAGAACAAUCCUGUGAGGUGGCCUCUUCCGAAACGACAGUCCCUCGGCGGUCCCGCAUGAGCGCCCAGGAACAGCUGGACAGGAUGCAGCGGCACCAGCAGGCCAAACGGAAAUCUGAGGCUGCCCAGCCCACACCCCUGGGCCACUGGCGAGACUCUCUCAAGCAUGGGUCUAGCCGGCCCCUCCCCAUUGCCCCCCCUGAGUCAUCACCCAAGGAGGGAAUGCAAAUUGGGGAAGUCAAGCCUCCUCGGUGCCCCCCAACCCCUGAGUGGGAGCGACAGCGAGUAAUCCAGCUCUCCUAUGCGCUGGCGACCGAGGCUUCGCAGCGGGGAAAACUCCUCACAGGAAGGACCAGUUCUCGCUCCUCCCUAGAUGAUUUGCUUGCCUCAGAAGAUGGCUUGAAUCAUCACUAUUUUCCUGGGGAUGGCACCUGCAUAAAGCUAGACUCUAGCAGUACAACAGCUGGACACAAUCAAACGAUUACUCAGAGUCCCAGCUGUAGCACUGACUCUAAAGUUGCAAAUCAGGUGCCAGCUUCAGCCCAAGCAACCAAAGCAAUGUUCAGUGCCUCAGAAGCUUCUGACUGGUCCUUGCCUUGUCCUUGCGAGGAAAGUUGGUUGCCAUCCAAGCCGAAGACUCCACAGCCGACAUCCCACCUGCUUGACCCAGCCAGAGAGGAGUCAUUCCUACUCGGCGAUCCUCAUUGGGAGGAACCUUUGCCUCAGCCAACCAAUUGGAAUGCAUGUUUUUGCAGAACAGCCAAUUGGGUUCUGCCUCCUGUAUGGGACUUAGAAAUGUGGGCAGCUGAUCAAAAGCUAGUCGGCAAUCCAAGCCUAAACAAUGGUAGAUGCAUCCAUUGGAGAGGUGAGCCUCAACAGGUAGCAGCAUAUUUUGGAGAAAUGGCACAGCCUGUUAAGGUCACCUUGAUAAAAUCAAGUUUUUAACUAAAGUCGGAUGAAGAGAAGAUCUAAAGUGUCAUAAAAGAAUAGGGGCAAGUCCCUGGAGAUGGUUGCCUACUCUAAAUCCUAGAAAUAUUCAAAAUAAGAACAGGUAAAACCUUGGCCUUUUAGAUCAGAAACACCAUAUCUCCUGCAUGUGAAUGUCUCCAGCAUAUCAUCUGUAUUUCCCAAUCAAAUUUUCUCAGUUACUUUCUCACCAACUCAUCUUGUCUAGAAAAAUCAUGAUUUAUUUUUGGUUUAGUUUUCAUUGUUGCUGCAGUCCUAGACACUCCCAGAAAUAAAUCACGAUGAGUUCUGUGGUCUUGGUCUAUAGCAGUGUUUCUCAACUUUGGCAGUUUCAAGGUACAUGGGCUUCAAGGUAUCUUAAAGUUGCUAAAGUUAAGAAACACUGGUCUACAGAUUUAUAUAUUGGGUUGGGAAAUGGGAGCACCCCAUUUCAAAUCCAUAUGUAUUCAAAAAGUUUAGUAGUUGUGGCAGAGAAUGCUCUUAUUUCUUUUAGGAGGUCAAAAUCCACCAAGAUUGCUUCAGGAAGUGUUUUCCCUUUAAGGAAAAAAAAAAAAAAAGCUAAGGUAUCCAUGUACUGAUGCCUGUUUAUAGUGGGAAACUCCUAAAAAAUAAGGUUACCACAAAUGUUUGAUAAAUAGAUAGACAUCGGUGGAUAUUCCUGACUAUUGGUCUCUGCAGAUAUUCAUAUUCAACAAAUCCAUUCCAAAGGCAUAUUAUACUGUACAUCCUAGUUGGAUGAUACUAAUACUUUCUGCAUUUUUUAAAAAAGAUGCAGCUUUAGAUCCCACCUUUAUUAUUUUUAUAAAUAAUUCAACAUGGCAAACUGAACUAAUACUCCUCCUCCAUUCUAUUUUCCCCACAAUAAUAACUCUGUAAGGUGAGUUGAGCUGAGAUAGAGAGUGACUGGCCCAAAGUCAUCCAGCAGGUUUUUAUGCCUAAAGUGGGACUAGAAUUUACCAUCUCAUAGUUAUUGUCCCAAAGUCACGGAGCCAGCUUUUAUGCUUAAGGUGGGAUUAGAACUCACAUUUUACUUUUGCUUAUAACUUUGCAGAAAUUUCUGGCUUCAAGAGAGGUAAUUUCUCAUUCCAUCUUGCAAGCACCUAUGUUUCAGAGCUGUUGUCAUUUUUGAAACAUCAUUCAAUUCUCAGACCGCAAUUUGGGGAGGGGGAAAAAAAGCUCUUUUUCAUAUCAGCAUGGAAGUUAUUUGAGCAUCCCUGGGGGUGAAUGUAGGAACACAAAGGGUUUUUUUUUCCAGCAAUUGCUUAUUUCUUUUCAUAAUUUGUUUUAUUAAGGUUGUCUUUUGGGUUGUAAAUGGAUAUCUUUUUUUCUGUAAAUAGGGAUGGGGUUUCAGAGAUAAGGAUUAUUUUCCUGGAAUGCCCUAUCAAAAUGUAAGCUCUCCUUCUAGAGGACUUAAGAAGCAGCUGUACUUGCAUAAAAAGAAGAAAACAUUGCAAGGAAACCGCCACUAAGAUCUGUGAAUGGGAGUUUUAUCUCCAAUUGGAAAGAGAAAGAAUAGUUUGAUUGUGUGGGGAGAAUGAUUGGGCAAUGGCUGUAUUGAAAAAACAUUUGGAUCUGUCCUAGCAAGCACAAGGAAUGUUUCUCAUGAAAAUUGGUGCCUCUUAAAACAAAGGCAGUGAUUUAUAUUUUGAAGGCAACUCAAAAGACUGGCUGACUUGUUCCCAGUAUAAACAGUCAGUGGCCUGUGCAGGAACACAUCCCAUAGUUAUUGACCAGAAUGGACAUGUCAUUUUGCCUAGAGCUGCAGCAAACAAAGGUAGAGAAGUCAGUAAGGGAAUGAACAGGAAAGUGAUGAGAAGUGUGGGAAGUGAGAAUACACUGAAUGGCAUUGGAGUGGUUUCAGAAAAAAAAAAUGACACAAGGAAAAGGGCUUCAGCUAGAAAAGCUGAAGAAGAAAAAGUGAUAGUGAGGAAUUAUUGACAAUGAUGGACAACUUCUUCAUGUAGGAACCUAAAUGAAGGAGUUGCUUACUUGGAAGCUACCUGGAGAAUUAAACAGGGUUACCAUAGUGUGAGAGCAUCAGGGUAGGAACCAGAAGUCUGUAAAUUGUAGCUCUGCCUUAGCACAAAGCCAACUAGGUGACUUAGGGCCAGUCAGUUUCUCUCAGCCCAAACAAAGAGGCAGUGGCAAACUACUUCUGAAAAAAAAAAACUUGCCAAGAAAACUGCAGGGACUUGUCUAACCAAUCUUCAAGAAUCAGAUGGGAAGAAAAAAAAUUAUAUUGUAGUUGCAGUGGGUCCAUUACUCCCUAGCUGUUCCAGAUUAAAUCUGGGAUGGCUAGGCUAGAACAUGUGGGCAACCAGUAGAGAUUAGCAAAGAGAAGCAGAAAUUCUAAUUCUUGAGUGCCAGCUCGUGUUUGUCUGGACUUAUCCACCAGCCUUAAAGUCUUUCUAACAGUCCCAAAAGAUUCAGCAGGUCGUACUUAGCCACAACACCAACAUCGCUGAGGUAAAUUAGCUGAGAAAUUUGUCUAAAAGGUUCUUGUACAGACUUUGAUAAGAAAGUUAACUAAUAGCCCCCAAACCUAUCCUGGAGCACAAAAGCUCAAGAAUCUAAACAAAGCAGCCAAAGUUUCCUGUUGUAACAGCUCCUUGCUCUGUUGAGGCACCUGUCUUCCCAUGCAGAAUUAUAAUUCUCUUUUAAGAAUCAGACUAUUUCUACUGUAUUUAAGGAGAAUGUGUCAGCUACUGCGGGAAUUUCCUCAGACAUGUAAACACUAAGCCUUUCCAUGUGUGAAUUAUUCCAAUUUGUAUAAUCAAUAAACAUUUUAAUGUA